AUGUUCCGCGCAUCCCUCACCAAAACCGUCCUCAACGCUGCCCCCCGCGCUGCCCCUCGCGCCAGCAGAGUCGCUGCUCGCCCGGUGCUCGCUCGCGGCUAUCACGAGAAAGUCAUCUCUCACUACGAGCAACCCAGAAAUGUCGGCUCGCUGCCCAAGACCGACUUCGACGUUGGCACCGGCCUCGUCGGUGCACCUGCCUGCGGCGAUGUCAUGAAGCUGCAGAUCCGGGUCGACGAGAAUGGUGUUAUCUCCGACGUCAAGUUCAAGACGUUCGGUUGCGGCUCUGCCAUCGCGUCGAGCUCGUAUAUGACUGAGCGGGUGAAGGGUCUGUCGCUGGAGGAGGCUGAGAAGAUCAAGAACACGGAGAUCGCGAAGGAGUUGUGCUUGCCCCCGGUGAAGCUGCACUGUUCCAUGCUCGCGGAGGACGCUAUCCGGUCUGCCAUCAAGGACUACAGGUCGAAGCGUGCUUCGGCAUCGAACCCCAAGCAGGCUGGCUUCAUUGACGUCUCGCAGAGCGCGGCAACCGGGGAGACUGUCGCGACUGCCCACGCGCCAUCAGCAUAA